AUGACAGCCUUGAUGUGGGCAGCUAAAACAAAAAACGGGAAUGUCCUUAACCUUCUACUUGACCUUAAGCCCGAGGUCAACUGUGUUGACCUCCAACAGACAACAGCCUUUGCUCAAGCAGUGAUCAGCAGUAACGUGCAGAUGGUAGCCAAUUUGAUACAAGCUGGAGCAGAUGUUAACGUCGCAUCUAACUGCCAAGUAGAAUGCAAUGCAAUUUUAGAUGAAUAUGGCAGAACAUCCUUGUACAUCGCAGCUGCUUUGGGAAAUUUGAAACGAUUACGCCAUUUUGGUGCAAAAGUAGAUACAAUAGACCAUGUUGGAAAUUCCACAUUGUUUAUUUUAGUAUUUUACAAACACAAAGAGUUAACCAAAUAUUUGCUUGAAUGUGAAGCCGAUGUAAACUUGAUAUGUGAUUCUCUAUGCUCGCCUUUAUUUGUUGCUGUUUUGUAUAACGACACGGAGCUUGAAAAGUUGUUGAUUCAACAUGGCGCGGUUGUUGACAAAUGCAAAGAUUCAGAGCUGGUGGCUGCUCUUGGGUAUGAAAAUAUUGAAAUGGCUAUAGCCGUACUAGAAAUUAGAGCUAAUCCUAAUCUACGCGAUAAGAACAAUACACCGGCACUAAUGAUAGGUAUGAAACUUGCAAGUCAUAUAAAUGAUUAUAUUGUUAGUGCACCUUCGAGAACCUUGUCUUAUUAUGAUAAAAUAAAAGUAUGGGAAAACAAAAUCAAGCAUUUAACCCAGUCAUUUUUGAGAAAUGGAGCAAAUGUUUCAGCUACUGAUGAUGAAGGUAACACUUGUUUAGUCUUAGCUGUUUAG